AUGGCUGCAGAGUCGAUCACGGAGAAGACCAAAGAGAAAGACUGGUGGAAAUUCGGUUUCCCUGGCCCCGUGCUGGGCUCGCUGGUCGCCUCGGGCUUCUACGCAUUCUCCAAGACCCUUGAGCACGAGACCGUCAACCCCGAGCGGAACCUCGCCAGCCACUCAAACACGACGGCCGAUGCGACUCAGAUGGGUACCGUAGAAUCCGGGCCUGCGCUUGCCAGAUUCUCGAGGAGUCCGCUCGGUAGUCCGAGUACCAAUCCGCUGUCUCGGUGCACCCCUUCGCACACGAGUCCUUUGACUAUGCCCGACUCCGAUCGGAAAUUUUCGUUAUGCGCCGACGGGCUGAACUCGGAGGCCGGCCGCUAUUCGUCUGAAGGAGACGAUAAUAGCCGGAGAGACAAGGCCACCACCUUCGACUCACUCAUCUACGACGCAGCCAGAUCCCACGCGCGAUUUCAGACACUCCACGAACAAUGGACGACCUCGUGCGACAACCUCAGCGGCUUCGCAUUGCGCCGCCAGGGCGUCAGGCGCACCCAGGGAGCCACGGUCUUCAUCGACACGGCACGAGCCUACAGCCAGCAGCUGCUGCAUCUCGAGGUCAAGUACCUGGAAGGUCUUAUUCACGAACACGGUGGAUGGGAUAUGGAAGACGGUCGUUGCCAGGAUAUGACGGGAGGACUGUCGACGGGCGAAGCAGCGAGGACUCCAGCCUGGCUGCGCAGGCUUGGGAUCGGCUCGGAAAGGGUGUCCCUCGGGGAUACGUAUCGUGUAGCGUCCCUCGCGCAGCAGGCUCGGUACAGAGGACUGAAGUUCUGGUACAAAAUACGGCGCGACGAUUCGGCAGCAGAGAAGUUGAUCUGGCUCAAGUUGUUCACGCAGCUGGACAACGUGUCGGGACCGCCACAUCCUGGACUUUGCGUCUUGAAACAAAAGGUGAAAACAAAGAUUAUCCUUGCUGAACAUCGUCUCCGGACGCUGUCGUCUGAACCACAAGCUGUCGUGAGUAGGGGCACAGAUACACCAGGGGUGGAACUCAACAAAGCCUCGGAGGAUGGUGAGGUGCGCCCUUGA